AUGAGAGACGAGUUGGAAGAGAUCGGAAAGAAGCUGAAGACGGAGAUCGAUGGUUGCAACAAGAACAAGGUGAGCAACGUUAACAACAUGGGCCGACGACACAUGUUGGGCCCACCGGCCGGGAAUCUAAACACGGUCACGCCUUGCGCCGCUUGUAAGCUCUUGAGGCGACGAUGUGCCGAAGAAUGCCCUUUCUCGCCUUACUUCUCUCCGCACGAGCCCCAAAAGUUCGCCGCCGUUCACAAAGUCUUUGGUGCUAGCAAUGUUUCCAAGAUGCUCAUGGAGGUCCCGGAGUUCCAAAGAGCCGACGCAGCCAAUAGUUUGGUGUACGAAGCCAAUGUGAGGCUUAGGGACCCAAUCUACGGUUGCAUGGGUGCAAUUUCUGCUCUUCAGCACCAGGUACAAGCCUUGCAAGCAGAGCUCAACUCCGUUAGGGCCGAGAUUCUAAGGUACAAGUACCGCGAAGCUGCCACCACAAUCCUUGCCGCCGAGCUGCCCCAGGCUCCGCCUACUCCGACGCCUUCUCAACCGGCUCCGGUGGGGCCCACGCCUGGCUUUGGAGGCGGCGGCAUCUCGAAUAAUAACGUGCAUUUACCGUAUUUUGAUUAA